AUGGUUCAGUUCUUUGUCGAUUUCAUAGCCUCCGACAGCUCUGCCUGUCUUGAUGAGGCUGGAAAUCAGGAGGACGAAAUUGAUCACUCUGGCUUUGAAGAAGACCAUGUUUCGGAUAACGAAGUAGUAUACGGACGUUCCAGCAAUGAAGAAGGCGACCAUCCAGAUAGUGAAGAAGAAACAAGGAAUUUGGACAUAAGUCGGAAGUUUGAGGAAGCAAUUAAGGAAAAUGAAAAUCUUUUCUUGAGGUUUGAGAAAGAGAGAUUAGAAAAGGAUCAGCUGAUCGACGAAUUACUGGACAAGGUAGAGGGCCUGACCGUAGCAGGACUGCAGAUGGAAGAACACAUCAGAAACCUCGAACGACUGAACAAAGAAAAGGAAAGAAAGAUCAGUUCAAUGUCCGAAGAGAUGCAGCUGAAAAACGAAAUGAUUGAAAAGGCGAAGGUUACAGAAGUCCAAAGGAAGGAAAACGAGGAGAGAGACCAGAUGCUAAUUAUUUUGGAAAACACGGUCGCGGUUCUCUCGAUGGAGAAGGACACUUUGCAUCGAGAUAUUCAGCAAAACGAUAAAAGCCGAGAAGAAAUGCAAAUGAAAAUGAACAAGCUGAAUCAGGACCUGGAAGGACUUCGAAAAGAGAAUGGAAGGAAAGAGAAAAACAUAGAACAGCUGAAGAGGGAGAACGAGAACAAGACCUUGAAGAUGAAAGGUUUAGAGGACGAGUUACAAGUCCUCACCAUUCAGACACAGAUGGCCCACGAAAAUUUGAAAGAGCUCGACCAAUGUAAAAGAGAAUUAGCUGAAAAAAACAAGGAACUCGAAAAGCUGAGAGAACAGAACUUGCAGAAGGAUAGCGAGAUCCUUCGACUGGAAAAUGAAUGCAUCCAGAAACAAUUGGAAGUCAGCGGUUUACUGAAAGAAUCAAAACUUGAAUUCGAUCCUGCUGAAACGAAGGAGCAACUAGAGACCAGAGUUUUUGAAGAGAUGGAAGCAUUAUUGGAAAUCGUAAGACGCCAAGAAGAGGUCUUGGCGCAGGAUACGAAGAUCAGCUACUUAGGAAAGGUCAAAAUCCUUAAUGGAUCAAAGAAUCAUAAAGAAAAGGAAGUUUCCAGAAAAGAGAGGACGAUAAGGAAAGCUAAAGAAACAAAGGCUUCGAAUGAAACUCGGUGUCUGAGGAAGCCCCAGAUCAACUGCAGAGCUCUCUACCGACGAAUGGACAGCAUCGAGGAAGAACUUCUCCAAAUCAAAGGAUUGCAACGACCUUCAGCUAGAACCAAGAGGCACUCUAAGGUCUCGAAUAAAACUCCAGCAAUUGAGAAGCCUCUAAACAGAGAAGAAUUGCACCAGAAAAUGGGGCUGAUAUCUGCAGCCAACCUCCAACGACUGGAGCGAGAAGCUAAAAUGGUCCGAGAGCUCUACAAGAUAAACGCCGUCACUUAA